UUUAGUUUGUUGGAUAAACGGGUUGUCGUUCGUCUAAUUCUUCGCUCCGACUGCAGGUCUCUGCUACCGUUUCAGCCAUACAUCGCCCCCAAAUGAUUCUUUUCACUUCGAACGAGAUUUUUAUCUGAAGAUAAAAUCGGGAAGAAAAACAUAAGAGAAGAACUUCAAAAACUGUGUAUAUUCGUGCCCAGAAUACACGCCAUCCUCCUAUCUCUUCGGGGACGAAACAGAAGAUCUGUUUUUAUAGUUGUCUCCUUACCUCUUCAGAUUUUUGAAAUGGUUGAAAGUUAUGAUUUCAAAUGACGACACUUACUCUCGUUGAAAAUAUCACAAGCCAGGUGUGAACCUAGCUGUUUAUAUCAUAUUUGAACGGGUUUCGAUCCUACAACCUGAUUGCUGAGAAUCUUGAGUGCGUAAUCGUGAUUCGUCAAAGGGAAGAAAAUUCUUUUUCCAACGAAAUUACUCGUGUUUACACUUUCCAAAAAAUACUGACAAAAAAUUUUGAAGCAAUUUCUACCAAUAUAUACAAGUACUGACAACUGAAUCAAGCCGACUUUGCUAUCUGUUCAGUAUCAUUUAUAUCAGUGUCAUCUUCUUUCAGUCUAAAGAAAAAGGUGAAUGUAUGAAGAAAAAUGAGAAUUUCUAGCUCGCGGGGCUGCAUUGACUUAGCAAUCCAAGUAUUAUCCAGAUGAUUAGAGGCGACGAGACCGAUUUCAGCGAUCCGGCGCGAGUAUGACCUCGACGACCGGUCCUUCCCCUCCUCCUUUUACUACGGUCACUUCGGCUGUUAUCCCCUCUCAACCCUGUACCCCUUCGAUGGUCAGCAGCAAUUCUAUUAGCGGCUGUCCUGUGGACGACGAAGAGCCGUGUGGUGCACUUAUGAACGGUGGAAGCCCUUCUUCCAUUAACACUACUGAUUUGUCUAUCUCACCAAGGGUUAUUGCCCAUGCUCCAACGACAGCGGUCAUGACGAUACGAUCGCCUAUUUGUCCUAUGGAAGAAGACGACGAAGAUGAAGAUCCCAAGGGGGACAUGAAAAUUGGGGAUGACUGCCAGCAAUCUCUGCCGAGGCAGUCACGAAAUAAAAGAAAAAACUUUAAACCCAGAAACAUUGUCUACCAGUACAAUGCUGAUGACGAAUACGGCACAGACGAGGAAUGCUUUGAUGACCAACAAGAGUUUGCCAGGUCCAGUCCGAGCCGAAAUUCGCCAUCUUCACCUGUGCCGUCACGCAGCUUUGAAGGAGAGCGUGGUCAAGGUGGCGAGCAACCUCUAGAUCUGAGUAGUGACACUGGACCUACUCGUUGGAAACUGAAUCCUAAAGGUCUAGGUGAAGGAAGCCCUCGUAUGAAUAGUGGGAGAUCACCUCCCCAAAUCCCACGUUUUGAUAGUUGUGAAUAUGAUGGUGAGGAUGAAGGCUCUGCAAUGGACGAAGAUCGUGGCCGGACGCCAGUUAUGGACUUAUCUCGUACUAGUAAUCGUGAUGGGGCUGGCUCGGGCUCCAGUCCCAGUCACUCCCUCACUGGACGGACCAAUGAAUCUCCGAGCAGUCCACGUCUUGUGUGCCACCAAGAUUAUCCACAAGCUAAGAGACUGACAAGAGAACCUCCCUUAAUUCCUUCCGAUGGGACUACUAUGAAGGAUUACGCGGAGAAUACCAUGAAAGAACUCUUGGGGAUGUAUGGACUCAAUGAUGCUCCAGAAGGGCUGUCAAGUCAUCUGCCCAUUCAUAAUUUUUCUGCAGGGAAAUUGAUAGAAUCAUCUCAGCAGUUCAACCCUGCAAAUCUCGCUUCUCUUGGGGGCUAUCCACCAUCAAGUACCACUUUGCAGCUCAUUCAACAGCAGGCAGCGCAAGUUGAAGCAAUCCACCAAGCUCGUCUAGCCUACCAGUAUUCAAAGGAUUCUACAAACCACUUCAUGGAAAAUGCUUGGUCACAAGUAUCUGAUCAUAAUAAUGUCCCAAAUAUUUCUCAACAACUUCAAAAUACAAAUGAAAACAUGCUGGAAUCUCUUAGAGCAAAGAUGAUGAAUAAUGUCUCUAGGAUGACUUCAGGCUCUACAAAUAACAUCAUUCCAAAUUCACAGGUGAUGUUGCCUCAAAAUGUUGCUACUAUAUUUACCAUAGCUGCUCUUAGCUCAAAAUUGCCUUCCCAACAGGUUUCUGCUGAUAAUAUACCAAACUUACCACCUUUGCCUAGCAGUUCUAUUUCAUCUGGAUCACCUCACCAUUCAGCUUCUGGUAUAGGAUCUGUUAGUUCAACACCAUCACCAGUUGUAUCAUCUUCUCAUCAUAACAGCGCCAUUUCAACAUCUUACCAAGUCGAUCAACAUAAAUUAGGACCUGUGGAUUAUUCCCGCUAUGUUAAAAGAUUUUCAAGUGCUACUGAAUGUGGCAGCAGUUACUGUAAAGAUUUAAAUUACAGAGAACAUUUUCAUUGCUUGGAUUGUAACUCUAGGGUAUUUGUUAAGAAAGAAGAAAUGAUUCGUCAUUUUAAGUGGCAUAAAAAGCGAGAUGAUUCAUUACAGCAUGGAUUUAUGCGAUAUAGUCCGAUGGAUGAUUGCUCAGAUAGAUUUAGAGGUUGCUCUCACAACAGAAAGCAAACACAUUAUCAUUGUUUAAAGGAGAGCUGUGAUAGAGUUUAUAUCAGCACAUCUGAUGUGCAAAUGCAUGCCAAUUAUCAUAGAAAAGACACUGCAAUUAUUCAAGAGGGCUUCCAAAGAUUUCGCGCCACCGAAAAUUGUGCUACAGCAUCUUGUUUAUUUUUUGGACAGAGAACAACACAUUUCCAUUGCAGGAGAUCAGGAUGUAGUUUUACUUUCAAAAAUAAAGCUGACAUGGAAAAACACAAAACAUAUCAUAUUAAAGAUGAACAACUGAAUAAAGACGGAUUCAAAAAAUUUAUGAAGCAUGAACACUGUACUUUCGAAAAUUGCCGUUUUUCGCGUGUCUGCAACCACAUUCAUUGCAUACGCCCUGGAUGUACUUAUGUUCUGCAUUCUAGUGGUCAGUUAUAUUCACAUAAACGGAAACAUGAAAGGCGAGAUACGGAACUUGCAUAUAGAAAAUUUAAAUUAGCCCAAAGUAUGAUGAAAACUUUAACUGAAGCAGGUGGAAUGUCCCAAUCCUUUCUCGCAGAGCCUCCUUCAUCUGGAGAAUCUUCUUCAAGCCCUGCUCCUGGGUCUAUGCCAACUUCGCUUUCUUCUUCUGGUUAUAUGAAUAGCUUCAGUUCUGAUGAUGGAUUGCUAUCAAAUUGCUAUUCUAUUAAGACAGAUAAGAAAGAAUGUAUAUAUAGUAUGGCAGAUAUGAAUAAUAUUUCUGGGCCAAACCUUACUUCACAAAAUGAUGUUUUAUCAUCAUCUAACAUUAUUGGUGAUAAUGUUAGUAUAUCUGAAGAAAAUUCAGCUGUUGAUUUAAGUGUGGAUCAUCCAAAGGAUUCUGAAGAUUUAUGGAAAAUUUAUUUGACUAGAUUUGGUUCGAAUGAAGUGUGCCAGCAACAAUGCGAAUUUCUGUACAAAGAUCAUUUUCAUUGUUCAACAGAUAAUUGCAGUAUGACAUUUAGAGCUAAAGAUAUACUAGGAGUGAGAGAACAUGCUUGCAAUCAUGAAUACCAGGAACAAGUAACCAAAUCUUUCUACACUGUAGUUGAAAUUGAUCAAAAUGGCGUUUGUCCCCCUGACUGUCACUAUAAAGCCAAAGAAAAACACUACCAUUGCAAAUGGGAAAAUUGCCAAGAAGUUAUCAGCAGUGAUGAUAACCCAUUUAGAAGAUUAGAUCACUACAAAAUUCAUAAGUACUCACGAAAGCUUAGUGCGCCAAAGGAGCAUCCACCAUCUUCCAGUGGUGUUACGUCUGUCAUGGAUAGUAUGUUCAGAAGGAAGAGAGGCCGUCCGCCAAAAAAUCGUCUCAUUGAGUUUCCCAUGGGUUCUCAUCUACCUCAAGCUAUUUACACAAGUUUUAAACUUCCUAAAACAACAGAGCUUCCUCAUCAUAAUUUUCCUCCAUCAUUCGGCCCAUUUACGUCUGCUUAUAAUGCUCUGUCUCUCCUUCCACCACCUCCAGUCACUAUGAUGUCAACGCCUUCAACUAUUCCACAAUUAAUACCUGUUACAGGACUUGGGCAAUGUUUAUUUCCAUCUUCUUCUAAUAUGUUAGAAAUUCCCCCUCCGCCUCUUUUAGAAAAGCAAGAAAAUAAUAACUCAGCAAUGCCAUCACCUCCUUUGCAUCAAGAUAUUCAUGAGCAAAUUAAGCCAGAGGUUAAAGAAGGAUUUUAUGUCUUUCAUGAAAAUAUGCCAUGUCCAGAUGAAUAUUGUACUUUUUACAAAAAGCAUCAUUUCCACUGUACACAACCACGAUGUUAUUAUGUGACAGAUCGCAGGGAUAUUCUUUUACUUCACUCUAAGGACUUCCAUGAUAAUAUAGAUAUCAUGGAUGGCUUUGUGUUCUUUGAUCGCAGUGUAGACUGUAGACUUGAAAAUUGUCACAGUAAUAAAAUAAAUCGACAUUUCCAUUGUAUUCGACCCAAUUGUAACUAUUCUUUUGUUCGCUACAGUACCAUGACUGUUCAUGAACAAAAGCAUAAGGAGCAAGAUGGAUUAAAUAAUUAUAUGCCACCAUCUCCAAAAAAGAAAUUGUUUUCUUCUUCCAAUGAUGAAGCUCAAGAAAAUUUUGCAUAUGAAGGAUGCUCUUCUGUCAUCAAAACAGUAUCAUCUGAAUCUUCGUCUGCACCAAAGACAACUAUAGUUAAGGCUGCUGGUACAUUUUAUCCGUUGUCUGCAUUUUCUACUAAUCAGACAUCUUCUCAAACUACACCAACAUCUGUUAACUCUUCACCUAAUCACCAACAAUAUUCCAAACAGUCUGAUGAAAAAAAUAAUAGUGAUACUGUGAAUAAUAUAAAAAGUGAAAGCUCAUUUUAUCCAAACACAGAUGUGAAUGAACAACCUUUAAGCAAGCUGUUACUUCAGCCAGGACCAAAUUACAGAAACAGUUUCCAGGGUACCGAAAAACAUAUUUUAUACAGCCCACAACAAAGUUGUGCUCGACCAUUUUGUAAAUUAAAGAAACGUGAUCAUUUCCACUGCAAUAUUUGCAACCAAGCAUUUUCUGGAUUUUCACGCCUUCAACCACAUGUUCUUAAACAUCCAGGUGCGCCAAACCCCAUUCCAGUUUACCCACCUGGCUAUUCUAAAAUGUCUACUUCUUCGCCCAGUCCAGAUGAAGAUGAAAUGGAUACGGAAGAUAUAAGCGAUAUAGAUGAACGGUCUCCUAUAAAUGGACCUUUAUACAUCAAAUCAGAAGAACCAAAGGAAUCAUUAGAUGAACAGCAAGUUUCUUCUUCUCAUCAGCUAUUUAGUUGGCAAUCUGUAUCAUCCAGCAGCUCGCCCUUUCAACCAACCAUGAAGUGCAGUAUUGGUGUCAGUAGUACCAACCAGAUUCCGACUAGCAGUGACAACUACUAUGGUUCACCACAAGUUGAUUACAGUGCUCUGAUGGACGGACCCGAAGGUGGAAAUAAGUUUGCAGAUAUAAAAAGACAAUACCCUCUGAAACUAGAAGAGAGUAACGAAGUUAAGAAAAUGAAACUGGCAGCUCUACGCAUCCUGAAAGAUGAACCUGUACCUGAAGGAUAUUCUAGAUGCCGUUUCAAUGAGGAUUGUGGCUAUACUCUUUGUGGCUAUCGCGAGCAUCAAACUCAUUUUCAUUGCAUGAGGAAAGAUUGUGGCUACAGCUUUUGCGACAAAACUAGGUUUGUGCAACAUACUGCUAGACAUGAAAGAUUAGAUACUUUGAUGGGUGGUGAUUUUCAGCAGUAUAGAGCAAAUGUAAAUUGUGGGCGACCUGAAUGUAUGUAUGCUAAUACUUUAGGUGCUAUGGCGAACAAAUCAUCUCAUUUUCAUUGCCUAAAGUGUGAUUUUGUGUGUACAGAUACUAAUAAAGUUGUUGCUCAUCGUAGACAGCAUGCGAAAAUGGACAGUAUCUAUGCUGCUGGAUUUGAAAAAUAUACUCAGUUUCAGAGUUGUAAUGUAACUAACUGUAAUCAUAAUCAAAAGCAAACUCAUUAUCAUUGUCUUAAAUGUCAACAUGCUGUUUUAGGCCUUUCUCAAAUGUCUUCCCACAAGUAUCGCCAUAUGGAUUGAUAAACAGGUGCUCUUAUAUACAAUAUUUGUGCCAACUGUUAAAAACGGUAUUUGUUGGCAUUAAAACAAUCAAAAUUGUGUUUAAUGUGUUUGCUUCUCUAUAAAAUAUUUAUUGUUUUUGUCUCAUUUUGUCUUAGUGAUAUAGUUUAAAAUGAUGUCAAACAUCAAUGUGAUAACUUUGCCGGUGCAGAGCACUUUUAAAUGUGCCUUCUGAAGCAUUUCAAAUAUACAACCAGUGCGAGUUAUAAAUUAUCGUUUUGAAAUUGCUUACUUUUUAUUAUCAGCUGCGAAUAACUAUAUUUUGAUGAAAUACUUGCUCUGUCCAGAUUGUUAAAAAAUUGUAAAAUAUGGUUUUCUCUCGAAAUAUUGGUAGAUUUGCUCAUUCAGAAUGAAUGACUGUCAUAAAAAUUGUUUUAUGUUUCAUUAAUUUAUCAAUAAAUAUCAAGAAAUGUAAAGUGUCAGUCAAAAGGGUCCAAUUAGUAAAUGAUCCCAAAUAUUAUAUAUCAUUCCUUCUUGAUUAUGUAGUAUGUGGUGCAAUAUUGAGGAAUAGUGCCAAAUAACUUUUCUCUCUUUUUUUAUUCUGUAGCUGUUAAAGUAGUGUUAUAAUUGUUCUUGUAUCCUUUUGUGUGUGUAGUGGUUCUUGUCAUUUAUAAAAAUGUAAAAAAUUCAGUGUAUAAUUUAAUGAAAUUCUUUUUCAAUAUUUGAAAUGGUUCUUUAAAAAUUUGUCAUAGCAUUGUCAGUGUUUGAAUAUAAGUAACUUAUAUAUAUAUACAUAUAUAUGUCGAUAUACAUAUACCACUUGGACUUGAAAUGUCAGAAGGUCUGCAAAAUAUUUUGCUUAAUAAUGUUUUAAGCAUGGAUGUAUUAACAGUUUAAAGUCUUUAUGAAUAUAUUCUAAUCUAUUGUUGUACUUUAUAGAAUGUAAAAUUAUUUUCCAGUUUAUUAUCAUUUAAAUGUGGAUUUAAAUUGAAAAUAGAUAUUUAAUAGUCUGUUAUUAUUGAUUAACAUGAGAACAAACAUAUUUUCAAAUAACUGCAAAAAGUUUAUUAGUUUUAAUUAUUUUAUUAAAUUUAAUAAUUUAACACUUCCAUUAGUUGCUUUCAAAUGUGUUUUUACUUAAGAACACAAAUUUAUUUCUAUGUUGCGAUAAAUUUUACCCUUCAUAUUUUAUUUAUUAUUGAAACAUAUUUUCAUCCUUGGUUUUCACUCAUUAUUCUUCUCAAAUAAUUCAAGAUCAUACAGCUUAAAAAAUAUGUGUAUUAUAUGUUGGUCAGUACUAAAUAUAUAUCAAACUUGCAUGCAUAGUUUUUAAAAUUAGAACUUUUUACAUUUUUUUUUUUAAAUAAGAGAUUUGUGUAUUACACCUUGAUUUUUAUAGCUACUUUUAAUAGGAACUGAAAAAUUUCAUUUUUGUAUAAGUAUUGUUUCUUUAUUCACAGCUUUAAUUCCUUAAUAUAUAUACACCAUAUAAUUUCAAAGAAUUUCAUAAUUAUUCACCUAAAAUAUAUUUUUUAAAGAUGUGUAUAUUAUUCAGAAAUUUUGCUCUAUUUUUUUUUUUAAUGACUUCUCUGGUAUAAAUAUGGAUUUAUAUGUUUCAAUUAUUUAUACUUUCUUUCUUCUGGUAAAUUUAAACAUAUUUUAAAAUGGAUAUUCGUUAAAAUUAAUUUUUACAGGUGGGGGAUAUUAAAAAAUAAUUUAAAGGCAGAAAUCUGUUUUCCGUAUAUUUGAUUCAUGUAUGUAUCUCAUAAAUGUACUGCAUGCUAUAUAAUUCUUUUCUGGUAUAAUAAAACUGAUUUAUAUCAGGAUUUUCAGUGUUUUAAUUCCAAUAAUCUUAGAUAUCUUUUAUUGUAAAGGAGACCAAUUUUAAUUAACUUGUGUUUGUGAACGUUGUUAUAAAUAUAUAUGUCAAUAUCUUCAUUCCUUCACUGUAUUUUAUUUAGUUCGCAAAAUUUUCUUUAUUUAUAAUUUGCUUUGAUGUUAAUUAGAAAAUUGAUAUCAAGCAAUAGAAGCUUUUCUGUUCUGCUUUAAACAAAAUAAAAAAGAAAUUCUAUAUUUAGGAUUAUUUUAGAUUAUAGUUUUUAUUGCUUAGUACAAGCAAGUCUUAUUUUUUCUUUGUAUUUCUAAAACUUGGUUUGGAUAGGAAAAACUAGUAUACAUUUUUAAUAAAGCAUGGAGUUUUUAGUAUUUCUUCCCUUCUACAUUAUCUUUGUAAAUGUAUUUGUAAUAUUUGUCUUCAAUGUAUAUGGAAAAAUGAUUUGAUUAAGAUUCUAUUUUUUGGUUUUAUCACCAAUCAGAAAAUUAAUUCUACCUGAGCCUUGACGAAAAAAAAAAAGCAUUUUCAGUUUUCAUUUAUAAAAAUAUCCAUGCUUGCAGAUACUAUUAAUGGGCUUUCUCUGAAAUUUUGUUUAGUUUAUCAUUUGUGUAUGUUAGUAAUUUGUAAAAGAUUUUUUUUUGUUUCAAUCAUUUUUAGUACUUCAUCUGUAUCAUGUUAUGCUUUUUUUUACAAUAUGAAUGUGUUAGAUACACAAUGUAUACUAGUGAAAACUCAAGCUACCAACUUAUUGGUGAUUAUAUGUAAUUGCUUUGUCAGUAUUUUAACUACAGUCUUCAUCAUUAUCACUUUAUGUAUUCUGGAGAUGUUACUGUGGCGCUGGUUGUCAAAUGUAUUGUUAAAUAAACUGCAGUGACUAUUUUUGUACAUAUUUUAGUCAUAGUGGAUGAAGAUUUAGUGCCUUUGAUCCACUGCUGACCCAAAUUUGAUGUCGUCACUUUUGUUGUAUACUCUUGUGUGUCGUUCAUGGUGGAACGUCAGUGAUGUAUAAUAAAAUAUUAAUCUCCCCAUA